CCGCUUUAGUUAAUCUACGAUAUAUCGUACCUUGAAACCAGCUGUUGUAGAAGGAGCUAGUCUGAGCUGUGACGUCAUGAUAGUGAUGACAGUGACAGCAAAUUAAUAAAUUUAUUUAUGAACUAAUGAUAUUAGCUACUUAACGGAGACUUCUGUAACAGUUUCAGUUUGUGGUGCUUGGUGCUGAGUCAGCCAUGAUGGAUGGAAACUAUGGAGGUUACUCCAAUCAGUACAAUGGAGUUGGGUCUGAUCGCUCCAAAGACUUCAAAAAGGAUUACUCAAACAAUGGGAACAAAUAUUCAAAAGAUUUCUUCAAAUGUGUCCUCCAUGAGGAAGAUGGUGAACCUCCUGGGGACACCUCAAGAUUCUCAGGAACUGAAACAGCAGCU